AUGUCACACUCUGCUGUUUCUCAGGCUGCUUCUCUCUCAGUUUCAACUGGAAACGAUCGUUCUCUUAGAAGAUCCAUCUUCAAGCAGAACAAUAGCAUCAGCUUUAACAGCAAGUCAUGGGCAUCUUCUUUAGCAUUGAACCAGAGAACAACAAGCAUAAGAGAAGCAAAACGGUACACGAUAUGUAUGUCGGUUCAACAGACAAGUAGUUCCAAGGUUUCUGUCUUUCCUCUAGAGUUGGAAGACCCUAAAGAUCCUCCUUUGAACUUGUACAAACCAAAGGAUUCUUACACUGCUAAGAUUGUUUCCGUGGAGCGAGCCGUGGGCCCAAACGCGCCAGGAGAAACUUGUCAUAUCGUGAUUGAUCAUGACGGUAAUCUUCCUUACUGGGAAGGACAGAGUUACGGUGUGAUUCCUCCCGGUGAGAACCCGAAGAAACCGGGAGCACCACACAAUGUGCGCCUUUACUCGAUUGCAUCAACGAGAUACGGAGAUUUCUUUGACGGCAAAACAGCGAGUUUGUGUGUACGCAGAGCUGUUUAUUACGAUCCCGAGACUGGAAAAGAAGAUCCUUCAAAGAACGGAAUCUGCAGCAACUUCCUAUGCGAUUCAAAACCCGGAGACAAGAUUCAAAUCACUGGUCCAUCGGGGAAGGUAAUGCUAUUACCCGAGAAUGAUCCAAACGCGACUCACAUAAUGAUAGCCACGGGAACAGGAGUGGCUCCAUACAGAGGCUACCUACGUAGAAUGUUCAUGGAAAACGUACCAAACUUCAAAUUCGGCGGUUUAGCUUGGCUCUUCUUAGGCGUAGCCAACACCGAUAGCCUUCUCUACGACGAUGAGUUCACCAAGUAUCUAAAGGACCAUCCGGAGAAUUUCAGGUUCGACAAGGCGUUGAGCAGAGAGGGAGAAAAGAACAAGAGAGGUGGAAAGAUGUAUGUGCAAGACAAGAUUGAAGAUUAUAGCGAUGAGAUCUUCAAGCUUUUGGACAAUGGAGCUCAUAUUUACUUUUGUGGGCUUAAAGGAAUGAUGCCUGGGAUUCAAGAUACACUUAAGAGAGUUGCAGAAGAGAGAGGUGAGAGCUGGGACUUGAAGCUUUCUCAGCUUAGGAAGAACAAGCAGUGGCAUGUUGAAGUUUAUUAA